AUGGGAUUGCACCUGCCUGCACAGCCCGGGUGGACAAGGGUGCUGCUGGAGGAACAUGUGCCAAAUGCUGGGAGAGCUGCAACCACUGAAACAGCCAUUGGCUCACGUGACGCCGGCCUCCUCCCCUUCCGACCAAUCACACCGCGGAGGGGCGUGGCCUGGGAGUGUGGGCAGAAGAUGGCGGACGACAGCGCGGCGAAGCGGCCCAGGAAAGCAGAGAAGAAAAAAUGGAAGGAAAUGAAGCUACUGAAGAAACUGGAAAAACAGCGGAUGCAGGAGCUGGCAGAAAAACAAGCUAAGGAGCAAAAGGAGGAGCAAAAGGAAGACAAAGGGCGUCACUACACGCUGAGCGUAGCCCUGCCAGGCUCUAUCUUGAACAACGCCCAGUCGCUGGAGCUGCGGACGUACCUUGCUGGACAGAUUGCUCGGGCCUGUGCCAUCUUCUGUGUGGAUGAGAUCGUAGUGUUUGACGAGCACGGAGAAGAUGCAAAGAGUGUGGAGGGGGAGUUUGAAGGAAUUGGGAGGAGAGGCAAGGCUUGUGUGCAGCUGGCUCGGAUCCUGCAGUACUUGGAGUGCCCUCAGUACUUGAGGAAAUCCUUCUUUCCAAAACAUGAGGAUCUGCAGUUUGCAGGGCUCCUCAACCCCCUGGACAGCCCCCACCACAUGCGGGUGGAUGAGGAGUCAGAGUACCGAGAAGGCGUAGUGUUGGACCGGCCAACUAAGCCCGGCAAAGGCUCUUUUGUUAACUGUGGGAUGAGGAAGGAGGUGCAGAUCGACAGACAACUGAACCCCGGUCUGCGAGUCACUGUGCACCUGGAGGAACCCCAGAAGCCAGAAACCAGAGUGCGGAAAGGCACCGUUGUGUCCUCACACCACCCUCGGACGGUGUCAGGCUUGUACUGGGGUUACAGCGUCCGCCUUGCCUCCUGCUUGAGUGCUGUCUUCUCAGAGUGCCCAUUCAAGGAAGGCUAUGAUCUCUCUAUUGGGACCUCAGAGCGGGGCAGCUCCGUGGACCAGGCCACUCUCCCCUCCUUCAGGCACGCCCUUGUUGUGUUUGGAGGCCUUGAGGGCUUGGAAGCUGGGGUUGAUGUGGACCCAAACCUGGAGGUCACUGACCCAAGCGUCUUGUUUGACUUCUACCUGAAUACUUGCCCCAGCCAAGGCAGCCGAACCAUCCGGACAGAGGAAGCGCUGCUGAUCUCUCUGUCUGCGCUGAGACCCCACAUUGAUGAGGCUGUGAAGACACCCAGCGACAGCUGAGGGAAGGAAAACCACUGACCUUGCCAUCAGCUGCAGACUGCCUCAGGGAAGCGGCUGUU